AAAUUAUGAAAAAAAAAAAAAAGAAAAAAAAAAAGACAAACAAAAAACUCGUAUCCUACUCUUUGCAGAACAUGUCAGCUGCCUGAAGUGCUUAUCAAAGUACCCUCCAUAUUUCACCGGUUACUCCUCUGAAGCCAGGGACUGCCCGGGAGCCACCUUAAGAAAUUCAGCCCUUAACGAUCAGAAGCUGGUUUGCUGUAUCUUGGAUACUGCACCUGUCUCAUCACAAAAAAAUGUCACACAAAAUAUCAUUGUGUCUUUUGAAACGUAUCUUGACUUGGUUGGAGAUACCACAAGGACAAGAGCAUUGUAUCCUUUUUACAAGGAAGCGUUGCAUACUGCUGAGAUGUGGAGUAAACAUGAAAUAGCAGCCUUCACUGCUCAAAUAUUGUAUCAAACAUCAGGAAUGCUAUAUUCAGAGGAAAAUUCCGAUGGAGAGAAGUAUAAAGGAAAAGAAAGCUUGGGAAAUACCAGAGCAUCUGAUGCCCGUAAAUACAUAAGCAGAGGAUUCCUUCCUCUGAUAGGAAAACACAUGUAUCAACUUGUGAAAACUUCACUCAAUAUAAAUAUCACACAACAGCCAGAAAUGGUUGCGUUGCCAUCUGUUGGAUUUAGGGUCGCGGCAUGGCUUUGGUUGAAUGGUUACAGCUCAGCUGAUAACAGCAGCUUGCCCACCGGAGAUUUAAGAAAACUCUGCAGUGGAACUGAAUACAGCUUUGCGAAUUUAUCCAUGAAAAUUUAUGAUUGUCAAAAUGCAAUCGAUUUGGUGUUUGUAUUGGAUUCUUCUAGUAGCGUCAACCCCACAAAUUUUCAAAUUGGACUCCAGUUUAUCAUAAAGGUGUGCCAGUAUUUCGACAUCUCUUACCCUCUUGGCACUCGAGUGGCUGUUAUCACAUACACCAAUUUCAACUCUUCAACGAUAAUGUUUCACUUUAACACCUUCAACAGAAAGCAAGACGUCAUUAAUGCAAUAGCAGUAAUACAAUAUCAAGCGCCUAUCACCUGCUGUCUUGAUUGUCAAAAUGCAAUCGAUUUGGUGUUUGUAUUGGAUUCUUCUGGUAGCGUCAACCCCACAAAUUUUCAAAUUGGACUCCAGUUUAUCAUAAAGGUGUGCCAGUAUUUCGACAUCUCUUACCCUCUUGGCACUCGAGUGGCUGUUAUCACAUACACCAACUCUCCAACGAUAAUAUUUCACUUUAACACCUUCAUAAGAAAGCAAGACGUCCUUAAUGCAAUAGCAGUAAUACAAUAUCAAGGUGGUGGCACACGCACUGACUUAGCACUCUCAGAAGCUUACACAAAGCUGUUUGAAAACCCCGACAAUGGUGUGAGACCCAAAGAAUUAGGUGUGCCAAGAGUGCUUGUUCUUCUCACCGACGGAAGAACUGCCUCAGGAACGGACAGCAUCAUCCAGCCCUCUAACUUACUCCGAAAUGAAGGAGUUAACAUCUUUGUGAUAGGGAUCGGCCCAAAUAUAAACAAGGAUGAGUUAGACAUUAUUGCUAGUGAUCCUGACUCUGAUCAUGUGAUUCUUCCCAAGUCCUUUGAAGAGAUAAACACUUUGGUAGAAAACAUUCAAGAAGCCUCAUGCUACGAGCCCGCAUUGCUCGAUGAAGGAAAAGAAGUUGGUUCAAGUGUAAACGAAAAUGCAGUAAGAUAUUUCAAAUACGACUUAUUCAACAAGACGAGAAUCAAAACCCUAUUUCUAAAGACAACAGUUGGUCAAGCCGAUAUUGCGGUUUCAACAAGCAACAGGAAUCCCCGAAACAAUCGCAUUAACCUGGGAUCGUGUGAACCGCAUGAAGACAAUAAACUUUCCGAUAUAAGUAGACUCUGGAAAUUAGAAGAGCUUCAAAAAGACACCUUUUGUAAUGCUACCUCUGACGGAGGAUGUACCAAGCCUCGUUUUGUUUCAAAGGAUGAGUUCAUUGAAGAAGGAAUGGUCAUUUAUGUGAAGAUGUGCUCCACCAGAUGGUUUUAUGUUUCGUUAGAAGGAAUCAAUAAGACUAAUACGUUCAAUUUAACGCUGUUCAAGGAUCUUAUUAGGACAAAGGAAAAAUUGAACAUCACAGUAGACACUUCAAGAAAUGACACUACUUUCCCCACAACACUUGGUCAAGCCGAUAUUGCAGUUUCAACAAGGAACAGGAAUCCCCGAAACAAUCGCAUUAACCUGGGAUCGUGUGAACCGCAUGAAGACAAUAAACUUUCCGAUAUAAGUAGACUCUGGAAAUUAGAAGAGCUUCAAAAAGACCUCUUUUGUGAAUUUACCUCUGACGGAGGAUGUACCAAGCCUCGUUUUGUUUCGAAGGAUGAGUUCAUUGAAGAAGGAAUGGUAAUUUAUGUGAAGAUGUGCUCCACCAGAUGGUUUUAUGUUUCAUUAGAAGGAAUCAGUAAGACUAAUACGUUCACUUUAACGCUGUUCAAGGAUCUUAUUAGGACAAAGUUCUGUAUGGCGAGUCAAUCUGCAUUGAUAAAGGAUACUUUUUAUUGCAGAUGCGCAAAGGAAUUUGAAGUCAAAAGUUCAGCCAAAAUUAAAAAGAAGAAAAGGAGAGAAUGCGAGACAGCGACAGACAGAAAUUGUAAUUUAACCGUUAACCGAGGGUUUCAAGAAGAUGAUGAAAUACAGCCAAACACCAAAAAUCGGUCCAGUCUUACCCCUUUCAUGGAAAUUGAUGAUCUACAAAGUAAUUCAUGUAGAAGAUUCACAAAGAAAGAAACAGAUGCUGAAGUAACAAAAUCAAAGAGAUUCAAACGCGGUAAUUUUCACAGCACAGGACAAGUUAUCGUUAUCGAAGUGCGAGAAGCAUAUGGAGAGCAUAUUCAGAACGGCGAGAAAGAAAAAGUCAGUCUCCUGUUCCGGUUAAAAUCAAAACUUACUAAGCGUAAAAUCUUAGCGGUUAUGUGUCCUUGUUUUACUUAUCUCAUACUAAAAGGUGAAAGCAAGGAAAAAGUAGCAAACGACGAAAUGAGGCAGGAUGAUAUGCAUCGCCAAGUAAUGAGGUAAAGAAAAAUAUUGCUGAAUUUUUAAAGAGGAUGAUGUGACGUGAUUUAUUCAAUUAUCAGUUUUAUCCAAUCAUGUGCUCGGUGCAUGUGAUCAUUCCCAGAUCCCACGACAGAGUUUGCACUGUUUACUGUAAAAAAAAA